CAUACUACAUUAUAUUAUAUUGCCCUUCAUUUCAUCAAAUGAAGAAGUAAGGCAGACCAACAUUAUAUUCUUGCAGAUUCGAGUCCAUGAAAAUGGGUUGUUUUCUUGCCUGUUUUGGUUACGCCAAGAAACGGAAACGCAGAAAGCCAGGCAGCUGCAAAGUUCAAUCAACUGAUCACCUGGUUGCCGCCGGAAGUUAUGUGCCUUUGGACUUUGAAAAGCUUGAUGCAUCAGAUUCUAAUACCAGCGCAAGACGAAAAGAAGAAGCAAAUGUUAAAAUGAAGAAAAAGAAAGUGAGGUUUAAUUUGAAUGUGAAGACGUAUGAGCCAUUAGAGUACGAGGAAAUUGAAGAUUAUUUGUCGGAGGGUGAGGAGAAAACAAAAUGGGAGUAUAGCAAGGAAGAAGCAACAAAGGCAAUGCGAUCGUACCCUUCAAAUUACAGAUACUAUAACUGCGUGGAUGAAGAGGAAGAGGAGGGCGAGAUGGAACUGGACGAGAGUGAUCUUGAAUUCGACGAGAUUGAGGAUUUUGACGAGGAAGAUUGCCAUGUUCCCGUGAAAACAGGGAACAGAGAUUCACUGUCGGGUGGUGGUCGGUAUGUAAGUUCUGUGUUAAAUCCAGUUGAAAAUGUGGUUCAGUGGAAAGCGAUUAAAGCUAGAGAAAGAGUGGAGCUAAAGAAUGAGAAGGAAAAUAUGAGAAUUUCAGAUCCUCUGGGUUUGAACACGACAAUCAAUCUUAAACACUGCCAGACACAGAUUCCGGUUGAUGCCAGUCUUUCCAAUUGGUUAAUUUCUUCGUCUGAGACCAAAAUGUUGCCUAGACUACCACCUCUGCAGACAUGGGCAAGCUGCUAAGGAGUAGUGUGGGUUCCAUUUUCUGGUUUUUUUUGUUGAUUACUUUCUGACAUGGUGGUUUGUGGAUUUGUUGUUUGUAUUCAUUCCUACACUAAAUGUACAGGGGCAAAAGAGAAAUGUGUGUUCUUCUGGGUAAGAGAGAUCUCUUAACAGAACCUCUUUCAGUUUGGUUCAAAUUAGUGUUUAACAG